GCUUCAAUGCAUCUGCAGUCGGCUGCUUAGAGCUAGCACCCUGGACAGCUCCUGCCGCCCUUCGGGUGUAUUGGCUUGGAGUGAGCGGGAGAGAGAGCGUCGGAGACGCCAUCUGCCUCUCUGUAUUAACAGAUCGACCGCAGGAGGGAGGGAACGUGCCUCCCUGUUGAGCCCUGGCCGAACAGCCUUUGAUCCCGACGCUUUUCUCUCCGUCCCUCCCUCCUCCCUCCCUCGGUGCAGCAGGCACCAGAGCCAGCCUUGGGCAGGCGAGAGUUAAAGUCAUAAACCCACAGCAAAGGAGGAGUUGCAGCCAACAUGUUGGACCCGUCGUCGAGCGAAGAGGAAUCGGACGAGAUUGUGGAAGAGGAGAGCAGUAAGGAGGUGCUGGCCCCGGCUGCCUCCGGGGCACGGCUCUCGCCCAGCCGGACCAGCGAGAGCUCUGGGGGUGGCGGCGGGCUGCAGCCCAGCAGCCGGAGUGGAAGCAGCGUCCGGCCUUCCAGCCCGAGCCCCUCGGUCGUGAGCGAGAAGGAGAAGGAAGAGCUCGAGAGGCUGCAGAAGGAGGAGGAAGAGAGGAAGAAGAAACUGCAGCUCUAUGUCUUUGUCAUGAGGUGCAUCGCCUACCCCUUCAAUGCCAAGCAGCCCACUGACAUGGCCAGGAGGCAGCAGAAGAUAAGCAAGCAACAGCUCCAAACGGUCAAGGAUCGCUUUCAAGCCUUCCUGAAUGGAGAAACUCAGAUUGUAGCAGAUGAAGCUUUCAUGAAUGCUGUCCAGAGUUAUUAUGAGGUGUUUCUGAAGAGUGAUCGUGUUGCCAGAAUGGUGCAAAGCGGUGGGUUCUCAGCUAAUGAUUCCCGGGAAGUCUUCAAGAAACACAUUGAAAAGAGGGUCCGUAGCCUCCCUGAAAUCGAUGGCCUCAGCAAGGAGACUGUCCUGAGUUCCUGGAUGGCCAAAUUUGAUGCCAUAUAUCGAGGUGAAGAGGAUCCACGCAAAGCACAGGCCAGAAUGACAGCAAGUGCUGCUUCAGAGCUGAUUCUCAGCAAGGAGCAGCUGUAUGAGAUGUUCCAGAACAUCUUGGGAAUCAAGAAGUUUGAGCAUCAACUUCUAUACAAUGCAUGUCAGCUGGAUAAUCCAGACGAACAAGCAGCACAAAUCAGGCGAGAACUAGAUGGACGGCUCCAAAUGGCAGAUCAGAUUGCCAAGGAGCGCAAAUUUCCUAAAUUUGUAUCCAAAGAGAUGGAAAACAUGUACAUUGAGGAACUGAAGUCAUCUGUCAAUUUGCUGAUGGCAAACCUGGAGAGCAUGCCAGUGUCCAAAGGUGGUUCUGAGUUCAAGUUACAAAAGCUAAAACGCAGCCACAACACCUCAAUCAUUGACAUGGGAGAAGAAAACGAAAAUCAGCUCUCAAAGUCAGAUGUUGUGCUAUCCUUUUCCUUGGAGGUUGUCAUCAUGGAAGUGCAAGGUCUCAAAUCAUUAGCCCCUAACCGCAUUGUCUAUUGCACUAUGGAAGUAGAGGGAGGAGAAAAGCUACAGACAGAUCAGGCUGAGGCAUCAAAACCAACCUGGGGGACUCAGGGUGACUUUUCCACCACACACGCCCUUCCAGCAGUGAAGGUGAAGCUGUUUACGGAGAGUACCGGUGUGCUGGCUUUAGAAGACAAAGAACUUGGGCGGGUUGUUCUUCAUCCUACGCCAAACAGUCCAAAACAAUCAGAAUGGCACAAAAUGGCUGUUUCCAAAAACUGCCCAGAUCAAGAUUUGAAAAUCAAACUUGCAGUCCGAAUGGAUAAACCUCAAAACAUGAAGCAUUCCGGAUAUUUGUGGGCCAUUGGCAAAAAUGUCUGGAAAAGAUGGAAGAAAAGGUUCUUUGUCCUGGUCCAGGUUAGCCAAUAUACAUUUGCUAUGUGCAGUUACCGUGAAAAAAAAGCUGAGCCUCAAGAGCUGCUGCAGCUUGAUGGAUACACAGUGGACUACACAGACCCACAGCCAGGUUUGGAGGGUGGCAGAGCAUUUUUCAAUGCAGUGAAAGAAGGAGACACGGUGAUUUUUGCAAGUGAUGAUGAGCAGGAUCGUAUCCUGUGGGUCCAGGCCAUGUACCGAGCCACUGGUCAGUCUCACAAACCUGUGCCACCCACUCAAGUUCAGAAGCUUAAUGCAAAAGGAGGAAAUGUGCCCCAGCUAGAUGCCCCAAUCUCUCAAUUUUAUGCAGAUAGAGCUCAAAAGCAUGGCAUGGAUGAAUUUAUCUCUUCCAAUCCCUGUAACUUUGACCACGCUGCACUCUUUGAGAUGCUUCAGCGCCUCACUUUGGACCACAGACUUAAUGAUUCCUAUUCUUGUCUGGGCUGGUUCAGUCCUGGCCAGGUAUUUGUGCUAGAUGAGUAUUGCGCACGUAAUGGAGUCAGAGGCUGUCACAGGCAUCUCUGCUACCUCAGUGAUUUGCUCGAGCGAGCGGAAAAUGGAGUGAUGAUUGACCCCACCUUGCUUCACUACAGUUUUGCCUUUUGUGCGUCACAUGUUCAUGGCAACAGGCCUGACGGAAUAGGAACUGUAACAGUAGAAGAAAAAGAACGGUUUGAAGAAAUCAAAGAGAGGCUGCGGUUGUUAUUGGAAAAUCAAAUCACACAUUUUAGGUAUUGCUUCCCAUUUGGUCGGCCAGAAGGCGCUUUAAAAGCCACACUAUCGCUCCUGGAAAGGGUUUUGAUGAAAGACAUAGUUACUCCAGUUCCCCAAGAAGAGGUAAAAGCCGUCAUCCGUAAAUGCUUAGAACAAGCUGCAUUGACUAACUAUACUCGGCUAUCAGAGUAUGCCAAAAUUGAAGCUCGAUCGUCAGUGCCCAAGCCCCCAGCAGGGCCCACUCCACCCACUCAAACGCAGAUUAACAUGAUAAAUCAGAUGCUGAAAGGCAUACCUAAACAAACACCAAAAAAUGUAGGUCGGUUAGUUACACCUGCCAAAAAGCUAGAAGAUACAAUUCGCCUGGCAGAACUGGUAAUUGAAGUUCUACAGCAGAAUGAAGAACACCAUGCGGAGGCUUUUGCUUGGUGGUCAGACUUAAUGGUUGAACAUGCGGAAACCUUCCUCUCAUUGUUUGCGGUGGAUAUGGAUGCCGCACUAGAGGUCCAGCCCCCAGAUACCUGGGACAGCUUUCCACUAUUUCAGCUUCUAAAUGAUUCCCUUCGUAGUGACUAUAAUUUGUGCAAUGGCAAAUACCACAAACAUCUUCAAGACCUGUUUGCUCCACUUGUUGUUAGAUAUGUCGAUCUCAUGGAGUCCUCAAUUGCACAGUCAAUUCACAGGGGCUUUGAGCGGGAGUCAUGGGAGCCAGUAAAGAGUUUAACAAGUAAUCUGCCCAAUGUGAACCUACCAAAUGUGAACCUCCCUAAAGUUCCAAAUCUACCAGUUAACAUCCCACUAGGCAUCCCCCAAAUGCCUGCCUUUUCUGCACCGUCAUGGAUGGCUGCUAUAUAUGAUGCUGACAAUGGAUCGGGAACAUCAGAAGAUCUGUUUUGGAAACUUGAUGCCUUACAGACCUUCAUCAGGGAUUUACACUGGCCUGAGGAGGAAUUUGGGAAACACUUAGAACAGCGCCUAAAACUAAUGGCUAGUGAUAUGAUUGAAUCCUGUGUGAAGAGAACCAGGAUUGCAUUUGAAGUAAAGCUGCAAAAAACAAGUCGCUCAACAGAUUUCAGAGUCCCUCAGUCAAUAUGCACCAUGUUUAAUGUUAUGGUUGAUGCCAAAGCUCAGUCAACAAAACUUUGCAGUAUGGAAAUGGGCCAAGAGUUUGCUAAAGAGUGGCACCAGUAUCAUUCAAAAAUAGAUGAACUAAUUGAAGAAACCGUCAAAGAAAUGAUAACGCUCCUAGUGGCAAAGUUUGUCACCAUCCUAGAAGGAGUGCUGGCCAAAUUAUCUAGAUAUGAUGAAGGGACAUUGUUUUCAUCUUUCCUGUCGUUUACUGUGAAGGCAGCUUCCAAAUACGUGGAUGUGCCCAAACCAGGGAUGGAUGUUGCUGACGCCUACGUGACCUUCGUUCGCCAUUCUCAGGACAUCCUGCGUGAUAAGGUCAAUGAGGAGAUGUAUAUAGAAAGGUUAUUUGAUCAAUGGUACACCAGCUCAAUGAAUAUGAUUUGCACCUGGCUGACAGACCGCAUGGACCUUCAGCUUCAUAUCUAUCAACUGAAAACUCUCAUUAGGAUGGUAAAGAAAACGUAUAGAGAUUUUCGAUUGCAAGGAGUUCUGGAUUCCACCUUGAACAGCAAAACCUAUGACACAGUGCGAAACCGUCUGACAGUAGAAGAAGCCACAGCCUCAGUAAGUGAAGGAGGAGGGCUUCAAGGGAUCACCAUGAAAGACAGUGAUGAAGAAGAUGAAGAGGAUGAUUAGCUCUUCAGAUCUAGAGCGCUGCCCACCCCCCAUCUUGGAUGUAGCCUGGAAACCAGUGCAUGUAAUCUAGUCUGUUAAUCUGUUAGCCACAUUAGGAAAUUUUCUGUCAGCUCUAAAUGCCCAUGGAAAGUCUACCAAUACAAUUGCCAUUUUAGCUGUGUGGUACUUAAGAUUUAGCACCUCUGUUUCGAUUCAUUGAGUUUCCUAAUUUCCUAUCUAUAUGUUCAUAAGCAAUAUGGAGCACCAUUGUUUAAAACUGUUAACAGAAAAAAAAUCUACGUAGAAAACAUGCUAGGUGUGUCCCUGUUAUAAUUAAAGUAUAAAAGAUGCUUCAUUAAUGUACUGUAUAUACAUUGAUGGUAAAUUGUUGUGAAGACAAGUGAAACAAGUACUUUCAUAUCUCUGUUUCUCUCCUGUGGAUGCCAACUGCUUCAAAACAGAGCAAGGCUACUACAAAUGACAUCUUUUUUGUACAUUUGGGGAAAACAUAUAAACCAGAAGUUGGAAUUAUUCCUGUUUAAUAUACCCGAGCACUUUCCCUCCAAUAUAUACAGCUAACUUUGUAGAAGUAACAUACCAAUGGAAUACUAGUCAUCCAUAUUGCCACAGCGGGUUGACCUUUAUCACCUUGUCCAUGUUACAGUUCAGAGCAGUUGUUUUAUGUCUCAACGUCUACCCCUCUAAAUGUUCCACUUUUGUUCUGAGUUCCGAUAACUGUGUUUGUAAAAAGGACAACUUUAAUUACAAUCUUAGACUAUACAGAUGUGUUUAUAAUAACGAGGAUAAUAAUAACAAUAAUAACAAUAUACCAAGAGUUCUUUUAGUAGAUUGUAACCAUAAUUUAAAUUUCCUUUUGUUUUCACAAUGGUUUUUAUAUCUUGUCAUGUACAUUGCAUUUGGACCAGUAAUUUGCAUGUCCUUGGGUUCCCCCAUUCCUUCCAGAAGCUUUUAUUUUCUGUGUAAAAUAGUGGAUCCAUCUUGCUUUUUUGCCUUAUACAAGCCAACAGUUGUAAAAGUGUGAGAACUGUGGCUUCUCAAUAAAUAACUAUUCAGAUGUCCUAAGAAUAAACACUGGAGUCUUUUUAUGUCUGCCUUAGGAAGAGAAAACAAAAACAAAGCAGAGUUAACUUUAAAAAAUGUAAGAGCUUCCCCCCCACACACCUUCUAGAAUAAAGGAAUUUUCUUUUCA